AUGGAUUUCCACGCUCGCAUUUCGUCUCCUCAGGCAAUCGUUCUGGUGCAGGGAGUCUCCCUCGGUCCGAUGAAGCUUCCAAGCGACCAUAUUGCGCAGGUUGCUCAUAUCAUCUAUAGCGACGGGGGCUCUAAGGUUUCAAGCGAUCGGGAUUUUAUCUACCAACAUCCGUGCGUUGCUAGACUUGCCAAAGCCGUGAGAGAGGGAUUCCAAACUCAAGCCGCAGCAUCAAUGGACAGUAGUCUCCUCGAACGGUUCAUCGACACGUACUCCCAGCAGCGGCAGCAGCAACCCAACGUGUACGGCGACAGCGACAUCGCGACCGUCCUCCUAACCGGAGGCACAGGUAGCCUCGGAUGAGCAACAAAGUGUCUCUUCUCACUGAGACUCGGAAAUAUUUUCACAGUAUGAUGAUGCGUGCGUUAUUUGACAUUCUGAUCUUCAGUCUUAGCCCUUGAGGGG